AAUGUAUAAUUAAAACACGUAAAAAAACCAAAAUAAAAAAUAGUUUCGCAUAUUUAGAAAAAAAAAACAGUUUUUGAAGUCAGAAAAAUAUAUUUUGAGCAGCAUAAUAAUGCGUGAAAGACGUAGAAGUGUUGUUGUUAACAAAUUUUACGAAAAAACUGUUAAAGUUAUCAAGAUCCGUUAUUCUUCCGAAGAAAAUGAAACUAAUAAAUCAAGUGGACCAUUGCCGAAUUUUAGUGAAUUAUUUAAAAAAACAAGCAAUGUAACUCAUUUGUCUUCGUCAUAUGACGUUCUCAAUCAAUAUCAACUAAAUUUACCCAAUAUCCAAAGUGAACCAAUGACUAGUGCACAAAUUUAUGCGAACGAUAAAACAUCAGCCAUUCCAACAACAACAAUAGCACAAGAUGUUUCAAAUUUUGCUAGUAUGCACAAUCAAUGCAUGACAAUCGAUGGAAAUAAUUCAACUCAUGCGACAACUUCCAAUCAAAUUUCAAAUGUUUAUACACAUUAUUCAGCCAUUCCAACAACAACAGUAGCAAAAGAUAUUCCAAAUGUUGCUAGCACAUCUUACAAUAUGAACAAUCAAUGCAUGCCAAUUUUUGGAAAUAAUUCAACUCAAGCGACAACUUCCAAUCAAACUCAAACGACAAGUGUUGGUGCACCAUAUUAUUCGGGAACAAACACGUCAUCAGCCAUUCCAAACAGAUCGAAAAUAAGAGAAGAAGCUUUGAAGACUGUUCGCACAUCUGGCCCGAUAUCAAAAAAAGCAUGCGUUUUGCUGCAACUGCAUUCGAUUGAAGAAGAAAGAAAACUUUUAUAUCAUACACUUUCUUUAAACCCACCAAAGUACUUUUCAACUCUGAAUUUAAGAUUAAAAGAACUUGACGAGAAGGAAAAAUUGCUAUUCAAAAGUAUUACAAAAAAAAUCAAGACGGACUGAGUACAUUCACAAACUAAUGACUAUUUCGAUUUUUGCGAAAAAAUAAAUAAUUUUGUACGAGUAUU